AUGCCGCCAAAGGUGUCAGCCUCCAUGCGCGUGACGCUCGGUCUCGUACGAUGGUCUCCAUGUGGUCAGUACUUGGCCGUAGCGAAUGAGAACCGUCUGAUAAUCCGAGAUGCACAGUCGCUGCAAAUCGUACAGCGCUUUUCGACGGUUGACGUAGUGCAGUCUCUGGCCUGGUCCAAGGACUCUCAACUGGUGCUCACAGCCAUUCACAAGCGCGCAGUGGUGCAGAUCUGGUCCGUGCAGGACGCGUCCUGGAGUUGCAAGAUAUCAGAAGGUGUCGCAGGAUUGGUCCACGCCAGAUGGUCGCCGGACGCACGUCAUAUCGUUACUGUGUCGGAUUUUCUGUUACAUGCGACCGUGUGGUCGUUGGAGGACCCAACAACGAGAUGUACAAUCCGCAGUCCUAAACUAGCAGUAGAAGGACUGAGCUUUAACUCUAAUGGAGAGUUUUUGGCAGUUGUAGAGCGUCAUGAUUGCAAGGAUUUCAUUGGCAUCUACAGCUGCGAGAGUUGGGAACUGACGGCGCAUUUUCCUAUUGACAGCUAUGACUGUGCUCAAAUCGAGUGGUCGACGGACAAUGCGACGAUUGCUGUGCGUGAUACGCACUUGGAGUUUAGGGUGUUGCUCUAUUCGCCCGAUGGCACAUUGCUGGCAAAGUUCCAGGCGUAUGAAAAUGCGUUGGGGUUGAAGACAAUGGCUUGGUCGGCUUCUGGCCAAUUCCUUGCACUCGGGAGCUACGAUGAACACUUGCGCGUAUUGAGUCAUAUGAGUUGGAAGCCGGUAGCUGAUUUUGACCAUGAAAGCAUCGCUGUCACGAGCUCCUCUAUGAACAAGGCAGCGAUUGAAUACGAAGAAAAUUUUGCGGAUACCAGUGUUAUGGACCGACCGCAUGGUAAGCGCGUUGCGGUGGUUCAGCACGGGUCUUCACUGCUUUCCAACUCUCUUCAAGCAGCUUCCGCGGCAGCUCAGGCUGCGGGUGGUAAAAAGAGCCGUGAAAUUUGUUUCGUGCCAAGGAAUCCUCCAUUUUCAGUCCGAACGCUUACCUCUGAUCCAUUGGCAAUAAAUCCUAAGAUUGGUAUAAGCCGCGUUGCGUGGAGUGCUAACUCAGCUUUUAUCGCUACCAAAAGCGAUCAGAUGCCGUACAAUGUGUGGAUAUGGCGCACAGAGAGCCUGACGCUUCACUCUACGAUCUCACUGCUCGAGUCAGUGCGAAGUGUGCAAUGGGACCCGGUACACAUUCGUCUCGCUAUAACGUCGGGAGAAAACCACGUGCAUCUCUGGACUAUUGAAGGCAUGUCGUGGGUUGAUAUUCCCAUCGAGUCUUUUCAAGCUCGGGGUCUUCAGUGGGCACCAUCUGGCAAUGCACUCGUUGCUGUUGGUCACCAGGAAUUCUGCUCCAUCAUAUUAUGA